CAAAAGUUCAUAAUCAAGCUCGCCAAGGCAUUGAUGACGUUUGGAGCGCCUUCACAUCGUAUCGAGAAGCAACUCCGAGAGAUGUCGCGCACUCUAGAGCUUGAGCUCGAAUGCAUACACUUGCCGUCCGUCGUUCUGAUAUCGUUCAAAGACGAUCAUUGCCGGAGCACGGAAACAUUCAUGAUACGUCAGCCUAGCGGCCUGGCUCUGGGAAACCUACACGAGGUUCAUCAAAUCUACCGAAAUGUUCUGCACGACGAGAUCGGCGCGAGGGAAGGUAUCUGGCGCCUUGAUGAGUUGAUGGCCGGCAAACCAGCCUACAAGAACUGGGCACGGUGUUUCUUCGCAUUCAUGUUGUCCCUCUUGAUUUGCCCACUCGCCUUCGGCGGGUCCUUCGUCGAUAUGUGGAUCGCCGGACUUGGGUCCCUUAUCCUUUGCACGUUGUCAUUGACCGUGGUGCAAAAAAGCCAGCUAUAUGCCAACGUAUUCGAGAUAACUAUGACCAUUGUGAUAUCCUUCGUUGCUCGAGCUUUGGGCAGUAUACGCUCAGACAUCUUCUGUUACGAUGCCAUCUCCUCCGCCGGUAUCGUGUCUAUAUUACCUGGCUUCCUAAUCCUGAGCAGUUCGCUUGAGCUGGCGUCCAAGAACAUCCUGUGCGGAUCUGUCAAGAUGGUUUAUGCUCUCACGUAUACCCUGUUCCUUGGCUUCGGUCUCCAAAUCGGCUCAGAUUUCUAUCUACUUUACGUCCCCACCGAGCACAUCAUCGACGGUUGUAUGCGCCCUCUUGAUGCUCCGUGGUAUCUCCAGCCUUUCCCGUGGUGGACGCAGUUCCUCAUCGUGCCCCUUUUCGCGACUCUGAGUUCUCUGGCGAACUUGCAGCCUGUGGACCUGGAGUUAAUUACGAUGGUCGCAAUCGCCUGCAUCUCGUACUCGGCCAACAAACUUACAAACGUCUACAUCCACAACCGGUCAGACAUCGUUUCUGCCAUCGGAGCGUUUACGGUCGGUGUUUUGGGAACAAUUUACGGGAGGACUAAGCGUGGGACCCCCUUCACGGCAAUGAUCACUGGAAUUUUGUUCCUCGUGCCGUCGGGUCUUUCACAGGGAGGAAUGAUGACAAAUGGCAACGGAAUAGAUAUUGGCGGGGCCAUGAUUGCGGUCACGAUUGGUAUCACUGUUGGUAUCUACCUCAGUCAGACGCUGGUGUAUUUGUUUGGGGCGAAAAGGUCGUCGCAGUGGGGAUUCUAG